GGGAAAUUGAAACCAUAAUCGAUUUGCCGCGUGCAAGCAGCACGUCAUGACUUGGUCUUAACAUUAGAAGAGCCGAAGGUUCUCCUGCGAUAGUAAUUAUUUCGGUGUCAUUUCUCAACCAAAUACACAUUCAACUCGAUGAUGCUCGUGUAUAUUCUAGCACUUGCCGCCGGCGUGGUAUCUCAGGGGUUCCCUUCAACCUGUCCUCCGGUGCCAUCUUUGAGUCCUAACACUACCUUGGGGCAAUGUCCAACAUCCUUCACAGUCAUUGGCUCAGAACUUGAGCCGAUUCACGAAAGUGUAGAUGCUCCCACAGGACUGGCCGUAGACCGGGAUUCGAACGUGUACCUCACCUAUCCGCGCAACGGAGGCGUUACCCCUGUGAACGUCGUCAAAGCCACGAGUUUCACGUCGGAGGAAGCCUGGCCGAAUGUCGCAAUUCAAAAUUGCACCGCCCAACAAGAUCCUGCGGAGUGUUUUAUCAAUGUACAGAACGUGGUGCUUGAUGCGCUCGGCCAGCUAUGGAUAUUAGACUCCGGAAUCCCGCCGGGUGCCAAGGCGGCAAUCUCAAGGGGCGCUAAGAUUAUAGCAUUCAGCCAAAAUGGAGAGACUAUUCGAACUUAUAUCGUUCCAGACGAGUUCUACUACGACUCCAUGAACGCCAACGAUUUGAGGAUCAACAAUACACUUGGAAAAGGAGGAUAUGCAUUCAUUACAGAUGCGUCGAACUCUGGUUCCCUUCUGGCGAUUAAUCUCCAUGACGGCAGUGUCAGGAGAAGACUUCACAAUACCACGGUCACGAAAGCGGACGCCAACUAUGUGGGCUCUUAUAACGGCGAACCCAUCUAUAUCUGGAACAACACCAAGAAAUCAUACGCCACGACCGGUGCCGACGGGAUUGCUUUGGCGUCAGGAAACCUCUAUUGGGGCGUACUAGCCUCACGACGAUUCUACUUCAUAUCCCAAGAAGCUCUGAUUGACGACUCACUAUCCGACAAUGAAGUGCUUGCUGCGGUCCAGGAUCCCGGUGAGUUGGGAUCGGAGCAAGCUGGCUUUACUGCGGAUGACCAUGGGCGGCUUUACAUGUUGGCCAGCGAGCAGAAUGCAAUCUACUAUGUGGACACGCAACAGAGCCAGAUUACCGAAGAAGUCAACGCAACGCCACUUGGUGGUGCGGGGCUCGUUCCGACAGAAGAUUAUGUCGUCAAGACAUGGCUAAGAAGUGGGCUUAUCCAGCAUGCGGAUUCUGCGGCUAUCUUGGAUGGAUGGCUAUAUUUUUGCACGAAUCAACUAGAACUAGGUCCGCAACGUCAAUACAAGAAUGUCGACGCGCGACGAGGUCCUUUCAGAAGCUACAGAUCAUGGAUUGGCAGAGGUCCAGCUCUCUGAUUGUUGUUUCAUCAUUAGCACAUUGAUCUUGAUAGGAAGGAGAUGGGGCUUUUGCGGAGUCUUGCAUGAGGUGUCAGUCUGGUGAUGGGGGGUACAGCGAUUGCAGUUGUGUGUCUGUUAUUAUCUACAGAAAGUAUGUAGGUACUCAAGGGAGGAACCUACCUAAAGUGGUCAGGGUUAUUGAGGCCGAAUGCGCUAACCUAGACUAACCUAGAAAUGGGGAAAUGCUCAGUGGAGUUGUGACUAAGAUUUCCUUGCUAACCAGACAGUGGACUGAGAAUUACUAGUAGUGCAGCCGCCCCGAAUCUUCUUACUAUUCAGCAUA